CUCCUUGUAGUCCGCCAUAUUGGAGUGUAGUUCGGCUCCGCUCCGGUCGGUGUUUCGCUGUCUCCGCCGCGCGCUCUGCCAAUAUCCCCCGUGUUAGCGGUGACCCAGCGGGCCGGCCUGUCCUCUCCCGUCGCUGUCCGCUGAGCCGGGCUGUGUGUGCUCUCCCCCCCGGCCCGGCGCGGUGUGUUGUGCUCCCGGUAGCUCGGCAGGCGGCAGGUGGUGCUCGCUCAGAGAUGAGCCCGGCCGAUGCCAAGAGAGGGGCGAAGCGGAGGAAGAACAAGCGGGGCGGAGGCAGCGGCUCCGGGGAGGUGAAGGCCGCAAGCCUGCGGGCACAGCAUAGCGCAGCGGGCGGGGGCAGCCCCGGGGCAGGCCUGAUCUCCAGCCCACCCUGCAUAGCAAGCCCAUCACCCCCGGGGGCAGAGAUCGCUUUAAACGGUACACCUUUCUCAGAUGGGCCACUUGGUUCAGAGUUUACUGGCAUUCCCCAGGCUCCUUUUACUUUUGGCCUGGGUCAGAGAGCUCCUUACACAACAGGAGAACACUGCCUUCUUUGUAGAAGCGAACGUAAGGACAUCACACUUUCAGAGUGUGGCACUAAAAACUCAAGCAAAGUAGCACUUUCCUCAUCUCCAAAAGCCAAUGCCAAGAUGCACCUUCCUCUGUGGGUGUGCUCCGACUGCCGACGGACAGUUGAGAACGAGGAAAUACACACCACACAAGACCAAUCUGUAGUGAGUCAAGAUUUCCUUUUGCACAUGCCACCUGGAAACAGUGGAUCUAAGCAGGAAUCAGUUGGUGGAGGAAGAAUGCUUGUUGGCGCACAGAGCGUUCCGUCUACAGUGGCACUCAGUAAUUCCGGCCCUCCUGAUGUAGCAUGCAGUUGUGAGGCAUGUAAUGAGCGCAGGGAGAUUUCAGCAGAGACUGAACGGGAAUCCCAGCAGCUCCAAAACUAUUGGUCGGAUGUUCGGUACAUGAUUCGCUGCAUAUACCGUCAAGCGGGUACCCCUUUGGCAGAUGACCAGGACCAAUCUCUAGUGCCAGAAAAGGAUGGAAUGAAAGAUUUAGUUGAUAGGUUGUGUGAAAGAGAUCCUUACCAGCUAUAUCAACGCUUGGAGCAGCAGGCGCGGGAGUAUGUACUGGAAAUGAAAGUUCGCCUGCUCAAGCAUUUAUCCCUGGGUUUUAAGGUGACCUCCAGUAUACAGGGUCCUCCGCAAGCCCAUCAGUUCAUCUCCUUGCUGCUUGAAGAAUACAGUGCUCUAUGCCAAGCAGCAUGCACAAUUGGCACUUUUCUCAUCACCCUGGAAAAUGAACAUUUAAAGAAAUUCCAGGUCACUUGGGAAUUGCACAACAAGCACCUGUUUGAGAAUCUGGUAUUUUCUGAACCGCUGCUACAGAACAGUUUGCCAGCCCUGGUUUCACAGUUAAGGCUUGGAACGGCAUCCCAUGACUCCUAUAGUGAAGAUAUGUAUAGUACCUUGCUUCAAAGGUAUCAUCAACUUGAACAGGAAAUGGGCCAAAUUUCUGAAGAAUGGUUGGAAUGUCAGAAGAGAAUUGAUAAUUAUGUAGAUGAGCAGAUGGCAUUGAAAACCAAACAAAGAAUGCUAAAAGAAGAUUGGGAGUUCUUUAAGCAAAGGCGGUUUAUUGAAGAACAAUUAAAUAAUAAGAAAACAUUGACUGGGGAAAACAACUUUACUGACAAAAUGAGGCAUAUGUUAUCAACCCGUAUGUGUAUGUCAGACUGUCCAAACUGUAACUAUAGAAGAAGAUGUACUUGCGAUGACUGCAGCCUCUCUCACAUCCUUACUUGUGGUAUUAUGGACACACCAAUCACAGAUGAUAUCCACUUAAAUCCGUUACCACUACAAGUUGAAUCCACUCCAGAUUAUCUGUCAGAGAUACACCCUCCUAGUAUCUCUUCGGCCAGUUCAGGGUCCGCUUCCAGUUCACCCAUCACAAUCCAGCAGCACCCCAGACUUAUCCUUGCAGACAAUGGCUCUGCACCCACGUUUGGUAGUGAUGACGAGGAUGUUGCCCCUUUAUCAGCAAAAUUUGCUGAUAUUUACCCGUUAAAUAAUUAUGAUGAUGCAGAAGUUGUAGCCAACAUGAAUGGAAUUCACAGUGAACUCAACGGUGGUGGGGAGAACAUGGCUUUGAAAGAUGAGUCUCCUCCAGUGAGUAGCACCAGCAGUAGCUCCUCAGAGGCCGAUGAUGAUGAUGAAGAAGCUGAUGGGGAAAGUGGAGGCGAGCAGCACAAUCUCCCAAAAGAAGAUAUGCACUUAGGAAAGAGGUCACCUCGAAAAGAGGUUGGGAAAAUGGACAGUCCGCCUCCAUCUUACCUUAGUCCUCAGGGGGAUUCCGUUCCCAGUUCAUGUGAGUGUCAUGUGUGUAAGCAAGAAGCCUCUGGUCUAUCCCCAUCAGCCCUUGUAGGAGGACGUCUACCUGCUGGACAUCACUUUAUAAACCCUGAGAAGCCAGCCCACCCAGCACUUCACCUCUAUCCUCAUAUUCAUGGACAUUUACCCUUACAUACAAUCCCCCACUUGCCUCGACCACUCAUUCACCCUACGCUUUAUGCAACGUCUCCCUUUGCACACAAUAAGGCCUUGCCACCAACAACUGUUCAAAACCACACAAACAAGCAUCAAGUAUUUAAUGCUUCUUUGCAAGACCACAUGUAUCCAAGUUGCUUUGGGAAUUCUCCAGAAUGGAACCGGUCGAAGUUUAUAAGUCUCUGGGGUUCAGAAAUGAUGAAUGACAAGAACUGGAAUCCAGCUACUUUUUUACCAGACCCGCUUGCUGGGGGUGAUAUUUUAGGGCCAGCGCUCCCUGAAAUCAGACCUGAAGCACUUUCCACAGCACCUAGCAAUGACCCAACACCGGCACCAGACGUAAAGGAGAAAAAAAACACUGCCAAAAAGAAAUGUCUUUACAAUUUCCAGGAUGCCUUUAUAGAAGCAAAUAAGGUUGUUAUGGCAACCUCAUCUGCUACUUCCUCCGUUUCAUGCACUGCUACCACAGUCCAGUCUAGCAGCAACCAGUUUAAAGUGUCAUCGAAGAGGCCUUCUUCUAUAGGUGAAGUAUUUCACAAUAUCAAAGAGGACCACCGACAUAAUACUACGCCGAUUGCACCAAGAAACAGUCCUACAAGCUUAACCACUCCUCCCUCGCUGUCUCCUGGUUCACACUCUUCAGCUGCCACUCCCCACCUCCCAAAUAUUGCUGCUCAGCCAUUCCCCAAAACAGCUGCCACCGCCCCAGGGUUCGUCGAUCCACACUUAGGUUUUUGUCCAUCUACAGCUGCACCUCCUUCGUCUACGACAGACAGCUCGCUAAGUGCUCCUCCUAGCGUCUGCAGUGAUCCAGACUGUGAGGGACAUCGAUGUGAGAACAAUGGCGCUUAUGAACACCAGCAGUACGAUGGGGAGGAAAGUCAGGAUGAAGACAGCUGCUCAGAGCACAGCUCUAGUACAUCCACCUCAACCAACCAAAAGGAGGGGAAAUAUUGCGAUUGUUGUUACUGCGAGUUCUUCGGACACGGAGGGCCUCCAUCUGCGCCAACUAGUAGAAAUUACACAGAGAUGAGAGAAAAACUGCGCCUAAGGUUAACAAAAAGAAAAGAAGAGCAGCCGAAAAAAUCCGACCAGCUUUCUGAAAGGGACGGUGUUGUUGACCAUCGGAAAGUAGAAGACCUCGUGCAGUUCAUCAACAGUUCGGAGACCAAGCCAGUGAGCAGCUCCAGAGCAGCAAAACGGGCAAGGCACAAACAAAGAAAGGAUUAUGGGGCGAGCCCAGCAAUCAAUAUAAAUGUUAGCCAUGUGCUCGGCUCAGAGGGGAGCAUGCAGGAAACCUGCACCAGCACGGCUGAGGAACGGACUGACAAAGCAGAAGCUGAGCCGGACGGAGAACGACCGGGAAAGCAUCAGCUAGAGGAAAAGGCCCGACAGGAAGCGGAAGCCAGAGAGAGGGAAGAGCUCCAAAUGCUGGAAGAGCAGAGGCAAAGGGAAGAAGAGGAGAGACUAAAGCAAGAGAUACUGCGUCACCAGGAGUGCCAGGCUCACAAGAAAAAGAGAAGGGAGAGAUCCAGCAGAGACUCACAUAAGAUUGAACGAUUGACUUGCAAUUCUAUUUCCAAUAAGGAAUCUGCACAUAACUCCUCCGAGGUGAUACCUAAUGGAACUUUAGACCCAUCGGAGAUAAAGGAUACGUUACCUGCCCAGUUUCUUGGGAGACAGUGUCAUAAAAUAGAGCCGUUACUAGAGGCCAUCAACAAGCCACCAUACUCUGAAAUCAUGAGAGACCUAAAGCUUGAAAAAGAGAUGAAGAUGAAGCAGCAAGAACUCUCUCUGCUUUUAGACUUAGUCCAUCACAAGGAAAAUGGUGUCAAGCAGAAGCAGCCCAAGCCGCAAAUCCCCAAACCAAUCCUUGAACAAGUGAAAAAAGCUGAGGCUCCCAAGCUCAACGAAGUCCAACCAAAAACAAGGAACCAAAACGAAGCCAAAGUCAAAGCGGUGGAAGUGGCACCUGUUGUUGAACAGAAGGACGAUAAGAAAAUGAAUGGUAACAAUAAGAAGACACUUAACCAUGUCAAGGAGGACAAACCUCCUGCAGCAAACGAACCCCAGGCAGUCAGUGAGCAGCCACCCAACAACAAGCUGACCAGUGCAGAGUCACCCCAACCAAAGGGGAAAAACAAGAAAAACAAAAAGAAGAAAGGCGAAAAAGUCAAUAACUCAAUUGAUGAUGUAUUUCUUCCUAAAGAUAUUGAUCUGGACAGCGUGGAAAUGGAUGAGACCGAGAGAGAGGUGGAACACUUUAAAAGGUUCUGCUUAGACUCUGCCAGACAAACACGGCAAAGGCUUUCAAUCAACUGGUCUAACUUCAGCUUGAAGAAAACGACCUAUGCCGCACACUGACUUUCACCUUGUUAAUGGGGAAUCCCUGCCGGAACCAAUCCCACUGAUUUAUGCCCUGCUGUCUGAGCGCUUAUUCGGCCUUGAGCCAGUGCUGCCUUGCCUUCUUCCCAGUGCUGUGUGGAUCUGCACUGAAACCCCCCCCCCUUUCCGGCCUGAUAAUUCUCGCUGAUCUGAAAAACGAAAUGCCACUUUCUACCUGAAUUUGUUAGCUUGUGUGCUUGUAGUCUGUGUGUGAAGACUUUGGUUGUAGCAAUACGCUCUCUCCUUAUUGCCUUGGCCUCAGACUUAAGACUGGUUCCUUGGGUUUGGUGGAGGCAACAAAAAAGCUGUUUGCAUCAUUGACAGUGGCCCCCGUCACUUCUGCAGUAUGCUAUAUUUUAUUAUAUUGACUACUGGCAAAGCAACAGACAUCAAUGUGCUCAUCUGUUCCAGACUCUUUAAACCUCACGGAAAAGUAAAAACAAAACUCAUAGUAGACAAACAUUUCCCAAGUUCUCACAAUCUACUGUUUAAAAGAAGUGUACAAGAUACGCUUAUUUGUGUUUUUGAUUUUUUUUUUUCUCUCCAGACUUGUAGCCAGCUUGUGUAAGAAUACUUGCAGAAUGAGAAAGUAAAAGGAAAAAAAAAUUGAAAAAGGAAAAAAAUACUCACACUAUCAAUCUGUUAUAGAGUGUAUAAUUGUAUUAACACUGAUGCCCAAGUGGCUACUUUUUUAACAUAUUGUUAAGUAAUAUUAAAAUCAUGUCUUUCUUUUUGAAAGAUGGAAUACAUUA